GCAACCGCCAAUAAACACCAAAGAAGAAGACGCUCAGCGUGACUUCCGGUGAAGUGCUGACCGGUAUUUAACAUCCAUGUUUACUGACAGAUGAUGUUCCACCUCUUAUGGAUAUAACAAAACAACAACACGUCUUCUAAAGCCGCGGUUGUAUCUCUGAAGCCUGUGUGAUGUUUAGUAUUGAGUCAGACCGCUGGAGGCUGAAUUAAAGUAGCCCAGCUGUCCUCCUCCUUGAUGUUGAAGCAGCUCUCCGCUGCUCUCACACUGCUCCCCCGCCGCCUGCUCGCUCUCUCCCCGCGGACUCUGACCGGAGCCCGCCGCCUCCUCGGCCGGAUGGAGCCCGCCGUGGUGAGGUGUCUCCCCGGGGAGCCCAAACUCACCAUCUCCUUCUGUCUGCACGGCAGCCACAAGCACAUGCUGCGGGACCAGGGCGAGGAGCUGGGGAAAGUCCUGGCCCGGAUCUCCAACGGCAUCGCCAAGGGCCAAGGGAAGGCGAAGAAGUCCAGGAAGAACAACAAGAAGGGACAGCAGCAGCCGGGCGAGAUGCCGGAGCUGGCCGUGGUGAAGCUGUACUACCACGACGGGGAGGAGGUGGCGGACACGGUGCUGAACUCUGAGGCGUGGCGGGACGGAGCCGUGCUGCAGGUGGGAGAUGUUAAAUACUCGGUACAGAGGAACGCUCCCACCUUCACCAACGCUGAGCUGCCGGGGUCCCUGCUGGCCGGAUUCCCAGUCUGUCCCAACCUGGAGGUCGAGUUUGGGAACCUCCAAGACUGCGAGUUCACGUGGUAUAAAGAAAAUGACCCAAACACCAGUUGUCCUAGCCCUGAAGCUGCUGGAGAACUUCCAGAUCAGGACAGCGGUUGGACAGAGGUAGGACGUGGGAGAGUCCACGUUCCGUCCAAUCAAGACAUUGGCUACAAGCUCAAACUGCACUGCACGCCUAAAGACGGGGGACGCAGUGGCCCGGCCAAGGAGCUGGUCUCUGCGGGAGCCGUAGAGGCCGGACCGGGCGUGUGCACGUUCGACAACCGACACGCGUACACCAUCAAAGAGGCGGAGUGGCCGGCUGUGAGGGUGGUGUCGUACAACAUCCUCGCUGACGUCUACGCCCAGACGGAACUGUCCAAGACGGUGCUUUACCCGUACUGCGCCCCCUACGCCCUGCAGCUGGACUACAGACAGAACCUGAUCAAGAAGGAGCUGGCUGGAUACAACGCUGACAUCAUCUGUCUGCAGGAGGUCGACAAAGGGGUGUUCGUUGACAGUCUGACUCCAGCCCUGGAUGCCUUCGGUCUGGACGGCGUUUUUAGGAUCAAAGACAAGCAGCAUGAAGGACUGGCCACUUUCUACCGCAGGUCAAAGUUUAAGCUGCUGAGCCGUCAUGACAUCGUGCUGACCGAGGCGUUGACCUCUGACCCCAUCUAUUCUACGCUGCUGGAGAGGGUUUCUGCUAACAGCGCCCUGAAGGACAAGAUACUGAAGAGGUCCACUGUCCUGCAGGUCAGUGUGCUUGAGGACCUGAAUAAACCAGGCAGGAAGGUGUGUGUGGCCAACACUCACCUGUACUGGCACCCUAAAGGAGGGAACGUUCGGUUGGUCCAGAUAGGCGUGGCUCUGCAACACCUGACUCGUGUGAUCAGUGAGGUCACACCUGGAGCCCCUCUGGUCUUUUGCGGUGACUUCAACUCAUCCCCUAACUCAGGUGUGUUCCAGCUGCUCACUGAGGCGCUGGUUCCUCAGCAGCAUGCGGACUGGAGCAGCUCGGGGCCGGAUGAGUCCUGCGGUAUGGAGCUGCUCUCUGCCUUCCCCCCUCUGCUGAGCGCCUGCAGCCAGCCGGCCUACACCAACUACGUGGGAGGAUUCCACGGCUGCCUGGACUACAUCUUCAUACAGCCGGACAGCAUGCAGGUGGAGCAGGUGAUUCCUCUGCCCAGCCACCAGGAGGUCACCACCUACGAGGCUCUGCCCAGCGUCGCUCAUCCCUCCGACCACAUCGCCCUCAUCUGUGACCUGCGCUGGAACCCCUGACCUCUGACCUCUGACCUCACACUACCUGGACAAAAUACACUGGAGCACCGGGCCGUCAGUUGUUCCUUCAAAUCCAUCCUGACUUUGGAUUUUCUUUCUACUUGAAUGAAGUCUGAGCAUGAAAACGUGUUCCUGCAGGUUUACUGGAGAUCAAUGAAAGACGAGCAGAGAAAUACUCUCACACAAGACAACGAUCUUAAAUUACAAUAUGACUGAAAUGUUGUGAUUAAGUUCAUAUUGUAAUAUUUGCAUUACAAUAAUUAAUGGCUUUUAAUCACUGAUGUUCAGUGUUUGGGUUGUUAAUGGUAAAAGUAAUGAAUUGCAAAUUGCUUGAUAUUUUUCUUUAAAGAGACAGAAGUCUCACUACUGUGUCAUAUUAGCUUGAUGAUCAUUGUUAAUCAGAGCUCAUAUUAACCAACAGAAGUCAUGUGACUCCUGCUGGUUCUUCUUCGCCCUCUGAAACAGCUGUUAAGAUGCAUUUUAGUUCACAUGGAUUUUUAUUGGCUUCAAUACCCAAUGACAUGGGUAAUCAAUACAUAUUAACAUUUUAAUAAAGGUAUUUAUUAUUACUAUUAUUUUGGCCAAAGAAGUUGCUCAGUGGUCCUUUAAGUUUUGAAUAAAUUGAUAAAGUUUGAGUGUACAGCAGGAA